GACAAAAAAUGGAACACACCAGCAGUGUGAGGAGACCUGAAAGUGGCACAUGGCAGAGUGUGGCGAUGGAGACAGCAGCAAUGGGAGGCCGUACAGGGACCCAUGAGAAACUCUGGACCUGGCAGCAGCAUGAGGAGGCGUACAGGGGGCCCAUGGCAGAUUACGGGCCUGGCAGCAGCAAUGGGAGGCCCCCCGUAAUCUGCCAGCACCCUAUGACAAAAAAUGUAACACACCAGCAGUGUGAGGAGACCUGAAAGUGGCACAUGGCAAGAGUGUGGCGAUGGAGACAGCAGCAAUGGGAGGCCGUACAGGGGACCCAUGAGAGACUCUGGACCUGGCAGCAGCAUGA